AUGAAUUUCUUGAUUUCGAAAGGUGCUCCUAUUAAUGUGAUUAUCGAUUCUAUUACUCCUCUUCAAAUGGCAAUUUCAAGUUGUUUCUUAAAAGGUGUCCAGAUUUUGAUUAGCUUAGGCGCAUCUCUUGGAUUCAAUGGCUUGCAAACUGCUUUAAAUGCAUGUACUGGAUGUAGUAACAGUGAAAUCGUUACUUUAAUAAAGAGCAAAGCUGAUAAUGAUUAUGAAUCUCGUUACAAAAAUUAUUCUCCUCCAACUUUCAGUUCAUCGAGUAAUGAAGACUUGAUAAGACGAAUCAAUAGUAAAUAUCGAAACCCACUUCCAUCUAAUAUAAAUUUAGACAUGUUAUCUGAUAUGAUGAAUAAUUCUUAUGAUUAUGAUAUAGCAUUGAAUAUAUUACUUUCAAUAGCUAACAUUGACCAUAGUCCAAUCGAUAUUCUAACUCCAGAACAAGCAGAAUUUAGAGAUAAAUUACCAAUACACAUUCGAAAUGAGUUAUGGAACUUCGUUAAAAAUAACAUUAAUAAUAGUUAUCCAGUAUUUCGAACAGCAUAUUGUGCUAUCACCGGCGCCAAAUUAGAUAAUCCUUAUUCUCGACAUAGUCAUCUAUUGUUCAUUGCAACAAGACUUGGUAAUUUUAAUGCUGUCAAGAACUUAAUAGAAUAUGGUGCUUCAAUCGAAGAAGUUGAAGGUUUCUCUUGUUUCUUCUCUCCAUCUUUAGAAGCAAUCAGCAAAGAUCGAUCAGACAUCUUAUCUCUAUUCAUUAAAGCCGGUUUGAGAUUUGAUCACAUCUAUUCGAAUGACAACUUUACAUUGAUCAAUGCAUGCAUUGAGUUCAAUUCUAUGAAAUGUUUUGAUCUUUUAUUUGAAAAAUCAUCACUUCGCCAUGUUGUUGUUGAAACACCAAUGAUGGCAGUACUUCAAACAUUCGAACGAACAGGUAAUGAUUAUUUCAUCAACAAACUUAUUGACAAGAUCGAUAUUGAAUACGAGCAUAUUGUUGAUCCUUCUUUUGCUGAAUACUUAUUAUUCAAAGAAGGCAAAAUUCCAAAAUUCCACUAUACAUCUUAUCAAAGACCGAAAUUAACAAGGAAAACCAACAAUAUCAAUAUUCUUGUUGAUAAACUUAACCAAUCUGGAAUAGCUCAACCAAUACUCGCAUACAAAGUCCUUGAAGUAAAUUUCCAUGCUAAUAUUAAUGAAGUUAACAGACUGAGAAUACCUGUAAUUUUGCAUUGA